AUGGGUUGGACACGAGAAGAGAAUAGGCGUUUUGAGGAUGCUCUUGCGGUUCAUGGCCCUGACGACCCAAAUCGGUGGCAACAUGUGGCCAACGCUGUUGGUGGAAAAUCCGUAGAAGAGGUUAAAGUGCACUACGAGAUUCUCAAGGAGGAUGUCAUUCGAAUAGAGCGUGAUCAAAUACCACUACCCAGGUAUAGAGGUGCUGCCAUCAACGCAAGACAGAUUGAAAAUGAGCAAAGGCGAAUGAGGAAUCUAAAUAUCCAGUGAAGCAAAAGCAAAGACUAAUGACAGUGUGGAGUUGCUCUAGUUUGGAC